AUGACCUACGAGGAAGACGAUGGUCUGAAUUCGACACUUAUCCCAUAUCCGUACAUUGCUAUUCCUCCCCCUACACAGCAACCAUCAAAUAUAGAACUGUUUCUCUCCCUACUCCAUCUUGUUUGUCUGACAUCAAGUCUCUGCGGAAACGUUUCCCAACUUGUGCUUCAGUUAUACACAAGAAGAUUACGAGAUUCAACUCAUGUUCAAAAGUUCCUUGCCUUUUUCUUCAUCAUCAACGCAUUUGUUUCUCUGGGAACUCCGUGGAUGAUAGUUGAAACAUUAGUCCGCCAUUGGACAUUUGGACCAAAUGCAUGUAAAGCCUAUCAGGCUACUGCCCAAGUUGGAAGAACAGUUCUCCCUUAUAUUAUUGUGGCUCUUUAUGUGAUUACGAGUAUUUCAAUAAAUCCCUCAAGAAAGUGUAGCAUGCGGCAAUCGUUUACUUCAAUGAUACUUGUUAUCAUAUUUGCCCUUCUCGUGCUUUUCAUCAUCAUUCCGGUCAUUGGAAGCUCUACACUUGUUCCACAAAUUCAUGGAAACCAUUUACCGGGAGAACUGUACAGUGUGAUGUUUGAAUCAUUUUUCUGUGUGAUUCCAUUUUCUGAAGAAGUGUAUACGGAUGGAGUUGCACUCCUUGUGGAAGUUAUUGUUCCUCUUAUUUUAUGUAUCAUCUGUGCAAUUCAACUGAAAACUGCGCCAAAAGGAUCAAACCCACAGAUGUCUACAGAUUCUAUGAACUACUAUUUGAUAUGGAUAUCGGUCAUCCACUUCUCGACAAGUUUUUGGUACUAUUUUUCUACUGAAACAAAAUUAUGGAUUUUCGGUUUUAUUCCUUCUCCCAUGGACUAUAGAGAUAUCUUAUGCUUGCUGCCGUAUUUAUCCUCUUCUCUUACUUGGUAUCCUGCAUCUGACAUGAGCGCCUUCUGGUCAUUAUACGAGGCUCAAAGUGAAAGUCCACAGUCAUUCCACAGCCGUAACUCAUCUCGUCACGUUCGUCUAGUAGUACCCCCGUCGACGUCCGCAUUGGAAGACGGCGGAUACAGUCAUAACUGUCAUUUACCAUUAAGUUCUCAGAAUACAUGUGAUGUUUGA